GUUCUGUCCUAACGACAUCAAAUUCAAAAUCAAAUCUCAACAGAAAAAGCUUCUCCGCGCAUCUCUUUCUCUUUAGUGUUUGAAAAUGUCAGGUCGUGGAAAGGGAGGAAAGGGAUUGGGAAAGGGAGGAGCGAAGAGGCACAGAAAGGUGCUUCGUGAUAACAUUCAGGGAAUCACGAAACCCGCCAUUCGCCGUUUGGCUCGCAGGGGAGGCGUCAAGAGAAUCAGUGGCCUCAUCUAUGAGGAGACGCGUGGCGUCCUCAAGAUCUUCUUGGAGAACGUCAUUCGCGAUGCCGUUACCUACACCGAGCACGCUCGCCGCAAAACCGUUACUGCCAUGGAUGUUGUUUAUGCUCUCAAGAGGCAGGGAAGGACUCUCUACGGUUUCGGUGGUUGAUUCAUUCUAGGGUUUAGUAUAUGCUCCUUGUUGUAAAUGUUUCAUGGAUUAUUGAGCUCGUUGAAGUGUAGUUUGGAUCCAGAGGAAAUGGAAAUAAAUACUUUUCUUGUUUUGGAAUCUUAUGUUAUUAUUCUAUAAACUGUUAACCUGAAUAAGUAACGUAUAUAACUUUUAAGAAGAGUUUUAGGUGUAUCAAAAAUAUUUAUGUAUGGAUGUUUCAGUUGUUUUAAUCGUUUAUCUGAAUUAUGAAAAAUAUAUAUUAUA